AUGGAUCAUGACGACAUAGAAAGGCUGGCGGCAGAGCUGCAUAAAAAGGGGAGUUCCUGGAGCCCUUUCCAGGUGGCAGCAAGCACCAGCUUGGUCCUUUAUUUUGCCUGGGCCGGAUCUCUUGCCCUAGGCCUGCGCAAAGUGUAUUUACAGGUAUCAGGGGUUACCACCAUUUUAAAAUGUUAGAGAGCAGAGCAAAGGGAACAGGAGAAGCUCCAGGUCUGUGGAGGGUAUGGGCAAUAAGUGACUUACCACAAGGGGGCAGCAGAGCACACAUCCAAAGAGUACUGGAUGAUUGUGAGAAAGGGGAUAAUUAGGUGGGGGUUGGCCAAGGGCAGACUGAGGUUGUCUGGGCUGUGCAUGAUAUCUCCGCAUUGAUCAUCCUCCAUGGCCUAGUGACUAAAUAGAAAUAAAUUAAUCUAUGGGGAUCACCCCACCCAAUCUCAUUCUGUGGUUUUAUCAUCUCCCCUUUUACAUAUAUUUUUGAGACUGGCCCUGGUAACCCUUACCAAAGGGAUGGCAGACAAAUUCAUUCAAUGAAUUUUAGGGGAUCUUAGGGGAGGACCAACUCUCAGCAGUAGAGCACAGGGUCCCAGGCUGAAUCUUUGGCAUCUCCAGGUAGGAGUCGAAAUGUUCCUUGCUUGAAAUACUGUAUACCCUCCAACAUUUCUCCGAUGAAAAGAGGGACGUCCUAAGGAAAAGCAGGACAUUCUGGGAUCAAACCAGAAACUGAGAUGGCUUCUCCAAAUCAGGGACGUCCCUGGAAAAUAGGGAAACUUGGAGGGUCUGUCACUGAGCUAGAUGAACCAACGGUUUCAUGUGGUAUAAAGCAGCUUCCCGUGUUCCUAAUAUCCAUGCCUUUUGCAAAACUCACCAGCUUCUUUCCUUUUUAAUCCAGGUGCCAUAUGUACCCUCCAGUGUUAAGCAAGUGAGGAAUAUGAUGUCGCUGCUGCAGGGGCGCUCUGGGAAGCUGGUGGAUUUAGGAUCGGGUGAUGGCAGAAUUGUAAGCAUGUCAAAAUGCACCCGAGUGUGGGAUUGCCAAGGCCGUUGGUGCACGGCAUGGAUCAGCAUCUGCCUGCAAAACUCACUGUUCGGUUGUGAUUGAGAUAAACUAGGAAUAAAUGACCUUUUGUUGAUAGGGUGGGGGCUGUUUAAUUACAGGGUUUUUUUCUGUUCUAACACUGAGCUAUAUACGCGCUUCCUCAAAUUUAACACCAGAAAUCUUACCCUUUGCAGUUGUGUAUUGUUUCAGGGGCUAAUCCGCACCGUACAUUUAAAACACUCUUAUACCGCUUUCACAGUCAUAGCUUUCUCCCAAAGAAUCCUGGGAAUUAAAUUCUGCUAAUUUCACAUUAUUAUUAUUAUUAAUUUGUACCCUGCCCAUCUGACUGGGUUGCCCCAGCCACUCUGGGCAGCUUCUAACAUAUACAAAACAUAAUAAAACAUUAAAAAGCUUCUCCAUACAGGGCUGCCUUCAGAUGUCUUCUACAUAUUUUUUUUUUUUAUAAAUAUUUAUUAAGGUUUUCACAAUAUUACAAAAUGAAAAAAGAAAAAGAAGAAAAAAUACAAAAUAAAAAUAGUUAAAAACAAUUCAAUCUUUCUAUCACUUAUCUUUCAUUUGCUUGUUUCCCGGACCUCCUCAUACCUCCAUUUUUGUAUUCCAGUUCAAUUUAUUAGUUCAGCAAUUCCUUUCCCUCCUUAUUUUAUCCUGAUCUUUAAUCUUAAUAUAUUAUAGCAUUAAAUUUUUACCUGUUAAAAAUCCAUUUUUUCAUAUUCUUUUAUACCAUUACAGCUAGAAACCACUUAACUUCAAUCCAACAUCAUUCUAGCAUUCAUUAAUUUUGCAGUAUUUCUGUAAAUAGUCUUUAAAUUUCUUCCAAUCUUCUUCCACCGACUCUUCUCCCUGGUCUCGGAUUCUGCCAGUCAUUUCCGCCAAUUCCAUGUAGUCCAUCACCUUCAUCUGCCAUUCUUCCAGAGUGGGUAGGUCUUGUGUCUUCCAAUACUUUGCAAUAAGUAUUCUUGCUGCUGUUGUGGCAUACAUAAAGAAAGUUCUAUCCUUCUUUAACACCGAUUGGCUGACUAUGCCCAGGAGAAAGGCCUCUGGUUUCUUCAAGAAGGUAUAUUUAAAUACCUUUUUUAAUUCAUUAUAAAUCAUCUCCCAGAAGGCCUUAAUCCUUGGGCACGUCCACCAAAGGUGAAAGAAUGUACCUUCAGUUUCUUUACAUUUCCAACAUUUAUUAUCGGGCAAGUGAUAGAUUUUUGCAAGCUUGACUGGGGUCAUGUACCACCUGUAUAUCAUUUUCAUAAUAUUCUCUCUUAAGGCAUUGCAUGCCGUAAACUUCAUACCUGUGGUCCAUAACUGUUCCCAGUCAGCCAUCAUUAUGUUAUGUCCAACAUCUUGUGCCCAUUUAAUCAUAGCAGAUUUCACCGUUUCAUCCUGAGUAUUCCAUUUCAACAGCAAGUUAUACAUCUUUGACAAAAUCUUAGUUUUGGGUUCUAACAGUUCUGUUUCUAAUUUUGAUUUUUCCACCUGGAAGCCGAUUUUCUUGUCCAAAUUAUAUGCCUCCAUUAUCUGAUAAUAAUGAAGCCAGUCUCGCACUUUGUUUUUUAGUUUUUCAAAACUCUGCAAUUUCAGUCUAUCUCCAUCUUGUUCCAAAAUUUCCCAAUAUUUCGGCCAUUUGACCUCCAUAUUGAGCUUUUUCUGAGCUUUCGCUUCCAUCGGUGACAGCCACCUUGGGGUUUUGUUUUCCAAUAAGUCCUUAUAUCUUAUCCAGACAUUAAACAAUGCUUUCCUGACAAUAUGGUUUUUAAAUGCUUUAUGCGCUUUGACCUUAUCAUACCACAGAUAUGCAUGCCAUCCAAAUACAUUGUUAAAACCUUCUAAAUCCAAAAUGUCUGUGUUUUCGAGAAGCAGCCAUUCUUUCAACCAGCAAAAAGCUGCUGAUUCAUAGUAAAGUUUAAAGUCUGGCAGGGCAAAUCCACCUCUUUCCUUUACAUCUGUUAGUAUUUUAAAUUUUAUUCUAGGCUUCUUGCCCUGCCAGACAAAUCUAGAAAUAUCUCUCUGCCACUUCUUGAAACAGUCCAUUUUGUCCACAAUUUGCAAUGUUUGAAACAAAAACAGCAUUCUAGGCAAUACAUUCAUUUUUAUCGCAGCAAUACGGCCCAGCAGUGAAAGCUUCAAAUUUGACCAAAUUUCUAAAUCUUUUUUCACUUCAGCCCAGCAUUUUUCAUAGUUGUCUUUAAAUAAAUUCCCAUUUUUUGCUGUCAUGUUAAUCCCCAAGUAUUUGACUUUCUUGACCACUGUUAAACCUGUCUCAUUCUGAAACCUCUCUCUCUCAAUUUUUUCUCUAAAACCUUGGUUUUUGACUUAUUCAGUUUAAACCCUGCAACCUGACCAAAUUCUUGAAUCAGUUCUAAAACCCUUUUGGUACUAGAUUCUGGCUCCUGUAACGUCAAUACUAAGUCAUCUGCAAAUGCUCUCAAUUUGUACUGUUUGGCUCCGACUUGUAUACCUUUAACCAACUGGUCCCUUCUUAUCAUAUUCAGCAAAACCUCCAGGACCGAUAUAAAAAGUAAUGGGGAGAUUGGGCAACCUUGUCGUGUGCCUUUUUCUAUCUUAAAUUCUUCCGUCACCACAUUAUUUACAAUUAAUUUAGCCUUUUGUUCAGAAUAUAUUGCACCUAUACCGUUUUCAAAACCUUGGCCUACCCCCAUACCCUGCAAGUUCUUCUUCAUAAAACUCCAAGAAAUGUUGUCAAAGGCUUUCUCCGCGUCCACAAAUAUUAAAACUGCUUUAGUAUUUAUAUUCACUUGUAAUUUUUCUAAAAUGUUGAUUAUGUUUCUCACAUUAUCCGAUAAAUGUCUACCUGGGAGAAAGCCUGUUUGGUCUUUAUGUAUCUCUUCCAGUAGCACUCUUUUUAAUCUUUUAGCCAAAAUAUCUGCAAAAAUUUUGUAAUCCACAUUAAGCAAUGAUAUGGGGCGGUAGUUCUUAAGCUGCGUCUUUUCAGUCUCUGUUUUCGGUACAAGUGUAAUAUACGCUUCUUUCCACGACUCUGGUGCCCUUUUCCCAUCCAUUAUUUCAUUACAGACUUCUUUCAAAGGUUGUACUAGCCAUUCUUUUAAAGAUCUGUAGUAUCUGGAAGUCAGUCCGUCCGGUCCUGGAGAUUUACCUAGUUGCAUAUUGUGAAUGGCACCUUCUAUCUCCUGUUCAGUUAUUUUAUAGUUCAACAUUAGUUUAUUUUCUUGGGAGAUUUUUUGUAAUCCAUUUGUUUUCAAGAAUCGAUCUAAGUCAAUUUCUUUCUGUGGCCCUUGUGUAUAUAGUUGUUUAAAGUAUCUCUGGAAACAAUUUCUGAUUUCAGCUGGGUUCUGUAUAUUCCUUCCUUCCACUUCUAGAUUAGUAACUGUAUUUAAUUUUUGUCUUUUUUCAUUUGCCAAGCCAACAAUUUCCCACAUUUAUUAGCCGACUCGAAUGUCUUUUGUCUCAUUUGUUUGAUUUUCCAUUCUAUCUCCUGAUUCAUCAUUUUCAUGUAUUGUACUUGAUGUAACUUUAUUUCUCUCAAAAUCUCUUGCGACUUUGGUUUUGCUCUCAAUUUCUUUUCACUUUCCUUUAUUUUCUCCAAAAUUUUAUCCUUCUUCUCAUUUUGGGUUCUCUUCUUCAAUGCAUUCUGUUGUAUUAAGAACCCUCUCAUAACAGCUUUACUUGCGUCCCAGUUGGUCCCACAUUGGUGUUCAUGUUUAUCUCAAAAUAAUCUCUCAAGGUUUUUUGGGCCUUCUUAAACACUUCUUCAUCUCUAAAUAAGGUGUCAUUCAUCCUCCAUCUGAAGGAACCAGUUGGUAUUAGUUUCAUCUCCAUCUUUACAGCAUUAUGGUCGGAGCAGGUUUUUGGGCAGAUUUCCGCUUUUCUUAUCUUUGGUGCCAUUCCUCUAGUUACCCAUAUUUGGUCAAUUCUUGUCCAUGUCAGUUUGGCUUCAGAGAAGAAGGUUCCCUCUCUAGCUAGGGGAUUCUUUGUUCUCCAGAUAUCAACUAAGUCCAAGUUGUCUGUCAUCUCAAAAAAAGUUUUCGGUAGUCUGCCGUCCUUAGUGACUACCUGUCUUUGUGCCUUAUCCAUGUGUGUAGAUACCACUCCAUUCAUGUCUCCCAUCAAGAUCGCAUUAUAAUCCAGAUAGUCCAUCAAUGUCUCAUGCAACUUUUUAAAAAAUUAAGAUGUCUUCUAAAGGUUUUAUAGUUACUUAUCUCUUUGACAUCUGAUGGGAGGGCAUUCCACAGGGUAGGCGCCACUACCGAGAAGACCCUCUGCCUCGUUUCCUGUAACUUCAUUUAUUGCAGUGAGGUAACUACCUCUUUGCCCUCAGUGUUGGAUCUCAGUGUCCAGGCUGAACGAUGGGGGUGGAGACGCUCCUUCAGGUAUACUGGGCUGAGGCUGUUUAGGGCUUUAAAGGUCAGCACCAGCGCUUUGAAUUGUGCUCAGAAAUGUACUGGGAGCCAUUGUAGGUCUUUCAGGACCGGUGUUAUAUGGUCCUGGCAGUUGCAGUUCCCAGCAAACUAUAUUUCCCAGGAUUCUCCAUAACUAUUAAAACAAUAAAAGAGGGUUUAAAUGUGUGCAGGUGUGACUUGCGCCAUGAAACUAGCACAGCAUUAGGCAAUAGACAAUGUGCCUGAUUCUAGCUGCACUUCCAGGUGCUGGAGGCUUACAAACAAGGCUUCCGGCCGACUGUUGGCUAUGAGCUCAAUCCAUGGCUUUUACAACUGUCCAACUUUCGUGCCUGGAGGGCUGGGUGCUAUGGAAAGGUUUUCUUCCGGCGAGAAGACCUUUGGAAGGUAAGCUCUUCCCACACGGAGGCAAGAAGCUAGGCCUGUAAGGAGCAAACCGAAAGUGGAAGAAGGAGCUGUCUGCAGUAGCCAUCUCACCUGCAUCUUAAGUGAAGCUCAGGAGAAGCAAGCGUUAGCAGCAAGGCUUCCCCUAAGUUUUGCAACUUCCAGAUAAUUGUUGGGCCCCCAGCAGCUAUGAGCACCAGCAGCAUGGCCAGAAGCCCGGGGUUGAUGGGAGUUGUAGUCUAACAACAUCUGGUGAUGGGAGUUGUAGUUCAACACCAACCAACCCACACUGGUUGCUCCUGCUAUAUAGUUUAGCUAUGUGUUGUGAAGCAGUGUUUCAUUGUGUUUGUCCCAAAUCUCCCAAGGUUCAGCAUCAAUGGUUGGCCCCAGGUUCUUUUAAGAGAGCGAGUUCUGUAGCUUAACUAUGUGCUGCAAUAUCUGAGACCAUGGGACUGUGCUUUGCCUCCCAAAGCACGGUGGGAAAUAGUCCAGUCCAGAAUAGGAAAAAACCAUUGAACCAUCUCUCUUGACUAAUUGUUUGCUGGUGGUGCUGUUGUUGUUUUAAGGCAGAUCUCUCUGACUGCAACAAUGUCACUGUGUUCCUGGCUCCCAGUUUGGUGAGUAGUUUUCAGAUAAGCUUGUCUAUAUUACCUAAGCAAAACCAAGGAUGGUCAGUGCAAUGCCCAGUCUUCACAAUAUCUAAUGGCAGUUAUGAAUUAACUGGCAGGAGUAUUAUGCAUUCAGUCUUAUGAACCUGCCUCAGUCUUAAAAUUGGGUCUGAAACCCUAUUUGUUAGGCUCACCUCAGUAUCCAUUAGGCUGGUGAGUACUGGAGACAGGGCCUUAUUCAUUGUGGUCCCAUAUCCUUGGCACUCUCACCAAAAGAACUCCAUACGACCCCAUCUUUGUUAAGUUGUAAAGGUCUGUUUAAAAACAAAUUGCAUUCUAUUAAAAAGUGUGUUGGGUUUUGAACGCCUGCUGUUUAACCUUUCUAUAAUUAGAAGUUUGCUUUCUUGCAUUUAUUAAUUAUCUUCUGUAAGCUGCCCUGAGAGGGCUGCAUCUGAAAGGCAGCAUAGAAGCAUUUUAGAUGGAUAAAUUCAUUGUCACAGCCAACAAGUGGAUAACAUCUUCUGCAAAACACUUGCUCUCAUUUUCCCCAGCAGAAGGAAUUGUCCCCGUCUGCUUGGUACUGUCCAGCCUCUGUCCUAGGAAUCAGUCGAGACAUAGAAAUUAAAACCUUAUACUAACAGUGGAGGCAGCUCCAUUUGAGCAAAAGUGGCACAGCCUACCAGACUGUGUGUGCCUGCAUCUGACUACUUCACUUGCAACCAGCCUGAGGAGUCAGCUUCCUCCUCCGUAGUCCCAAUAAUAAUAAUAAUAAUAAUAAUAAUAAUAAUAUCUUUAUUUCAUCGCCCCCUUCGGGGACAACGAAAUUACUUGACUGCUCCAUAAAAACACUAAUUAAUCAACACAGCAAGGGAGAUUAGAUGACUUUCAAAGUCCGGGCUUCCCAUUCAGGGCCGAGAUCGCUCUGGAGAAGAAGCUGUUCUUAAGACGGCUCGUUCUUGUCUUCAUCGUCCUGUAUCUCCGUCCCGACGGCAAGAGCUCGAAGAGACAGUGACCAGGAUGCGAUGGAUCUUUUACUAUGUCCAGUGCCUUCCUAUGGCACCUUGUGGCAUAAAUCUGCUCUAAGGUGGAGAGUGGGCAGCCAACAAUGCUCUCUGCUGCCUUAACAACCCUGCACAACCCCAUCCCGUCCUGGGUAGUACAGCUUCCGUACCACACACAUAAGCAACAUAUACAACAUAUACAACUCAAUAGGAUAACUAAAAUUAGUUUUCUGCACCUGCUUGCUAAGGUGUGUUUGUUUUUUAAAAAUCAUACUCGUGUACUGACAGCCAAAGGGGAUUUAACAAUCUUCACCACAUACUGAUUUAGUUGUUUUGGCAGUGUCUUUCAUUUUAACACUGUCUGCUGGCUUUCCUUUGUGGGACCAGGUGGCAACAACUGAGUCCAUCCAUUGCUAAAGAAUGACGAUUGCCCUAGAAGCGCCCAGCAGUCUUGCUGAGGCAUCACAACUGUGUGCUCUGUUUACACUGCUGCUGUGUAGUCACCAGAGCCAGAUGCUGAGCUUGCCAGCUUCCCCCACCCCAACUGCAAAGUCAGCUGAAAGCAAAUAAUGCUGCCUCAUUUCUGCAGAGGCUGCAGUUUGAAAUUCACUAUUCCCAAGUCACCUUAUGCUAGAUGCUGGUCAGUUAAGAGAGAAAUUGGCCCAGUCUUCUCUUUGCAGCUUCCAGGAGUCACCUUGAAGGGUUUCCUUUAAUUGAUUUAAGCCCGGAAUUACCAAACUGAAUUCUUUCUGAAGGACCAUCUGGCCCUGUAUGCGUCGUCGGGGGGUGUUUUAUAUGUAACCCUGCCUCUGCAGACUAUCAUAGGGUAUGCAGACUGAAAACGGGUCUUUUUCGCUGUUUCCACUGCUGCACAGGAAGAGACACCAUCAAUUUGCUUCAGACACCUUGUAAAAACACCAUACACUCAGAUAGUUCAAGCUCCAGUUAGGCAGUUAUCAGAUGGUGUUGUUUCAGCUCAAGAAGAGGCUGAUCUAUUCGCUCAUUUUAUAUUAAAAACAAAACAUUAUGGCCCUGUGUCUCCUCCCAUGUCCCUAAUAGACGCUGGCUGCCUUGCUUCGAUGAAGCUUCUAUGUUAGGCAAUGGUAGAGGAACGUUCACAUAAACUCAUCGCAUACACCACAUGAAUUUGGGAUUCAAAGGAGCAGUUAGGGCCAAAAUUCAUAGAAACAGAACAAUUUUCCUGUAGGUUUUUUUUUAAGUUCAUGCAACAAAUGAUUAUGCUUCAGUCUGAAGUUCUAUACAGCCCAGUGGUGGCUGGUACCCUUUGGAAAUGGUAGGGCAGAAAGCAGAAAGACCAGCAGCAAGUGGCGCCAGAGCCAAGGACAGGCAGAGCCAAUUCAGGGCAGAUCCACACCAUACUUUUAAAGCCUUUUCAGUACACAUUUAAAGCAUGUGACUGCCCCCACAAGGAAUCCUAGGAACUAUGGUUUCACCUGCACACAGCUGCAGUUCCCAGCACCCUUAAACUAGUUCCCAGGAUUCUUUGGAGGAUGUGUGUUGAAUGUUGAAUGUUCUUACAUAUGCAUUGAAUGUGCCUUCAAUGUAUGGUGCAGACCUGUCCUAAUUCUUGUUUCGUCCCCAUCCUCUUCCCUGCUGCAUUCUACAAAGGCAACCCUGAGACUAAGGGGCAGAAAACGGAUAGGCAGUUCAAUUCCUGGACUGAUAGUUAAGCAAGGAGGCAUGCAGAUGGGGUCUGACUGAGGGCAGAUGGAGGUUGGUGGGACUUUGCCCUAAUAGACCAACUUCUGCUGAUAGAGCAGCACUUUUGCCCUCCCCAAGGCUUUCUUUGUCCACUCUGAGAUUCAUUGUCAAAUCUUGCUGCUGUCAACGUCAUUGUAAAGCAGACCUCUCUCGGCAGGUCCCGCUCCUGGAGAGAAAACUGCUUUCAGAACUCCCCGAUGGGGCCUGUGUGGUGGCUGCCCGCUUCCCUUUCCUCAACUGGAGUCCUACCAGCAUUGCUGGAGACAGCUUAGAAACAGCCUGGGCCUAUAACAUCACGGCAGUACGGCAAGCAGGCAGGCAGAUGCCCAGCUAA